UGCUUAACCCCCGCCCGGGAAGUCACAGCGGAGCCAGGAAGGUUUCGUGGUGACUCAGGCGGUGGCUCAGCUCGGGGACUGACUCCUAGGCUAGCGGGGUAUCCAGGCAGCUUUGCCUCCCUGAUUACCUAGUCGCUCGCCUCUUUAUUUCCGCUUCUAACCAGAUCCAGCUAGAGGAACUUGAAAGGGGGUUGUGUAAUGUACCUUUUCCAAUCCCGGGCUGUAUAUGGAGAUUUGGGAUUCUUUAAACCAGUGCUACCUGGAUUUUAUUAAAAAGCGGGGACCUCUGGAGAAAGAAAGCUGGAUUUUCCAGGAAAGCAGAGCAAGCCGGGUCCCAGAGCCUGUUUGCUGGAGGGUGGAGGAGUUGGCGAGCCGAACGGAUGGACUAAAGGACAUUUUCAUACCAAAAAAAGGAAAGGCGGGCAAAAAGUCUGAGUUGGAUAUAAUUCCCGAGAGGGAAACAAGAACGGGGGGCAGGCGGCAGGAUGGCCGAGAGGCGAGGCGGUUAGGCGGGAAGGGGACUAUCCGCUCCAGCAGGCAAAGAAAAUGCCCCCAGCGGACUCUCCGCCGGCCGAAGACCAUGGAACUGCUCCGAGGCUUAUAUUUUAAACCCCUUUGAUUUGGGGUGUGUGGAGGGGGGGAGGGGCGCUGGGAGGGGGGGCGCCUGGGGAGGGGUGGAGGAAAACGAAACGGCUCGGAAGUUGGCACUCAGAUGAUGGAUGGCCGAGAUUUGGGGCCUCCCCGGUCUGUCCACGGCCCCCCCCCUCCGCUGCUGUCCGGGUUGGCAAUGGAGAGCCACCGGGUUGGUGCUGCCACGGCCGCCGGCCGCCUGCCUUCCUCUUCUGGCCACUUGGCCGCGGGGCUGCCGACUCCCCUGCCGCCAGGAAAGUACAUGCCGUCUGGAAUCAACCUCCACUCGCACCCGGGUGAGGCCUUCCUGGGUGGGUUUGUGGCCAGCGGACUAGGGACCUCCUCCACACCCCAUGGAAGCCCUGCCCCUUUGCCCUCUGACCUUCCCUUCCGGUCACCUACCCCCAGCAACCUGCAGAUGGUGCAACUGUGGGCCGCCCACUCCCAUGAAGGCUUUUCCCAUCUGCCUAAUGGGCUGUACCCUUCGUAUAUUCCCCUGAGCCACCUGGAGCCCCCCAACAGCGGCAGUCCCCUUCUGGCCCAGCUGGGGCAGCCCGGCCUCUUUGACUCUCCGAAAGAUGGAUUCUAUCUACCAGGCCAGGUGGCCCUGCACCCCCAGAACCCUGUUUCCAGGACCCCAGCCGGCCACUCGUCGGGCUCCCUGCUCCGGGACAAGGAUCUCAGCCACCUUCCCAAGAGCUCCCGGGAGGGCCCGGGGAAGGAGCACAGCAAAGAGAGGGCGUGCAGGGGGGACCUGCCACCCCCCUUCGGCAAGAGGGACGGCAAGGCCAAGGAGGAGCCGCGACCACGCAGCGUGGUGGACCUGACCCAGGACGCCAAGCCGGAGGGGGAGCGCAGGCUGAGCGGGCUGGAGCGAGCGGCCAAGAUGGGCGAGCGUCUGUCCCCCUUCCUGACGGAGCACGCGGGCCACCGGGGGCUGGGGGGCGCAGAGCCCAAAUCCAAAAACCCUCUGCAGACGUCGUCGCUGAGCAACUGCAACGGCGGCGGGGACCCUCUGCUGAAGGUCCUGGGCACAGAGCAGGACUGCUGUAGCAAGGACCCGGCCCGGCACGACGAGAACAUGCGGCCCGCCGCGCACGGCCACCUGGACAGAAUGAAGCGCGGCGAGGCCGUCCUCCCCGCCGUGACCACUUUGCACAUUUCCUGCACCUGCCCCUCUCCGCACCCCGUGCAGCAGCCGGGGAAGAUGACCCCCUCCUCGUCGGCCUCGGCGUGUGUGGCCACAUUCCCCCCGCAGCCCGUCCAUUCCAGCAUGUACACCAUCUUUCCCCCGGCCAAGGAGCCGGGCCGGGAGCACAAAGUCAUCGCCCCCACCUUUGUGCCUUCCAUCGAGGCCUACGACGAGCGCACGGGGCCCAUCCAGAUCGCCUCGCAGGCCCGGGACAACAAGGCCAAGGACAAGGAGGCGAGCAAAGUGGACGUGCUCCAGCCGCCCUCAGAGAGGGGCCUGGCCGAGCUCUCACGCGGCCUCCUGCCCCAGGACUUCCCGUGCCCGGGCGAUGCCCGGAGGGCCGAGGUGCUGCGGGAGAAGAACUCGGUGAUCCGGGCCAACUCGUCGGUGCUGAAGCGGCACACCACCUCUGAGCCCUUCCAGAGCCGCGCCGGGCUGGGGUCCCCCGAGAGCAGGGACUACCUCCCCCCCAAGGACCUGCUGAAGCCCGAGGUCGAGCACCGCGCCUGUGAGCGGGAGCGCUUCUCCAGGGCGGCCCCCAAGGAGGCGGCCAAGGCGUACGGCGCCCUGGAGCCUUCCCGGCAGCACCCGGACCCCGGCCAGCUCAAGCUGCCUCCUGAGCAGAAGUGGAAGCCCUUCGAGAUGAGCAACUUCGCCACCACGCAGAUGGCCGUGCUGGCCGCGCAGCACAACCACGUGAGCCGGGUGGAGGAGGAGGCGGCCAAGAAGGCCUAUCUGGACCCCAGUGGGCUACCGCGGGUGUCUGUGGUGGGAGGCCCCCGCGUCGGGGGGGACCUCCAUCCCGUCUCUCACAGCGAGGGCUCUGCCAUGCAGAGCCUCAUCAAGUACAGCGGCAGCUUCGCCAAGGAGGCCUCGGCCCGGCCCGGCAGCGGCAAGAAGAGCCCUUUCGGCGGGCUGGGCAACAUGAAACUGGACCCCUCGCAGCUCGGUGCCGCCAAAGUCCAGCAGCUGCUCUCCCACCAAGGGGGCAAGCAGCUGAAGAGGGACCCCGAGAGGCCCGAGAGUGCCAAGUCUUUUGGGAGGGAGAGCAUUGGGUCGCAGGGGGAGGUGGAAGUGAGGCACCCGCCCGUGGGCAUUGCCGUGGCAGUGGCCCGCCAGAAGGACAACAGCAGCAGUAAGCUGGGGCCCAGCCUGGCGGACCAGGAUCGGUCUUUAUCCCUGAGCAACAUCAAAGGACACAGUCGUUCAGAUGAAGACUGCGGAGAUGACCGAGGCCGCCACAGGGAAGAACGCCUCCUGGGUGGGGGGCGCCUGGAGCGGGACCAAGAGAAGCUGCUCAGAGAAAGCAAGGAACUGGCUGACUUGGCUCGGAUCCAUCCCACUGGCUGUGCCACCAAUGGCCUAAAUCCCAACCUCAUGGUGACGGGGGGCCCUGCCCUGACUGGCUCUGGGCGUUGGUCCACGGACCCGGCUUCCCACCUGGCUGCACACCCAUGGUUACCCCGGACUGGUAGCCCCUCUAUGUGGUUAGCGGGCCAUCCCUAUGGCUUAGGCCACCCUUCCCUGCACCAGGGCAUGACUCCGGCUUUCCCUCCUGGGAUGGGGGGUUCUAUCCCUUCUUCUGCUUAUCAGUUUGCCAGAGACCCCCAGUCGGGACAGCUGGUUGUGAUCCCCAGUGAACACCUACCCCAUUUUGCCGAACUGAUGGAGCGGGCUCCCCCUCUGUGGCCUGCAAUGUACCCCCCAACCCGAAGCUCCCUCCAACACGCUCAUCAGCUCCAGCUGCUGUCUCACCAGCAGUUGCUACGGCAACACGAGUUGUACAUCUUGCAGCAGCAAGCCGCGCACGCCAUGGAGUUGCAGAGGAGUGCCCAGCUGGUGGAAAGGUUAAAGGUCAACGAACAGCGAGCUGAGAUGGAAGAGAAGGUCUCCAAGCGGAGCCUGGAGAGUAGUAAACAGGGUCUCCCCUCCUCCAGUUCAGGACUGAUUCACCGGAAGCCCCCCGUCCUCUCACCUAGCACUUCUACUUCCUACAGCAAGGCUGUGAGCCCACCGCCCUUAUCCCCCCGUACCUCACCUGUGACAGUGCUCAAAGCUAAGGUGAUCCAGAAAUUGGAGGAGACACCCAAGCCACCGGCUUACUCCUACCCUGCCACCCCUAGUUCUCACCCUUCUAGCCCUCCACCUGCCUCCCCACCUCCGACCCCUGCUAUCCCCCCCAAAGAGGAAGCUCCAGAAGAAAUAGAGAAGAAAGACUUGGAACUAGAGAAAGAAGCCUCCAGCCCAUUCCAAGCCUUGUUUCCAGAGAUUCCUCCAAGAUAUUCAUUCCAGUCCCUUCCCCCCUCUUUUGGGAGACAUUACCCAUACCUCCUGCAGCCCACGGCGGCGUCUGAUGCAGAUGGGCUAGCCCCGGACGUGCCAUUGCCCGCUGAGGGACCCGAACACAUGGAAUUGUCCCCGGAGGAUAAGCCCCUGCAUUUGCCCCCGUCCAAGAUCGUAGAGAAUCUCCAGGCCACCCCCGAAGAAGAGCCCUUGGAGGAGAGGGUGAAGGCUGAGGUGGAGGAAAUGGAAGAGAGCCAGGAAGAGCUCCCCGAGCCAAACUUGGAGCCCCCCAGCCCACUGACCCCAGCAGCCAGGCCGGCCCAGAGCCCAGACAACUGUGGUCACCUAUCGCAGCCGGCCAAAUCGUUAGGCCCCCUGGAACAGGAGCUAGACGAGAUUCAGGCCUGCCCGGCACAGUACCAGGCUGGGUCUUCUUGCCCGUCUGAAGUCGAAGCUGAGACUCGGGAUGAGGCCGAUGCUGGGCCUGAGGCCUGCUCCGUUCGCAUGGAUUACGAAGGCCCGCUGAAUAAAGAUGAAGAAGAUCUCCCUAGGGUGGAACUCACGGAGGAACCGCAUGAGAAGCAGAGCCCACCUCUGCCCAGCGGGCCUCCACCCAGUGUAGAAAUUCCGGAGAGGGACUCUGCUGCGGGGGGCCAAGAGUUCUUCGGCCUCCCGGUGGAGGAGGCAGGGCCGGUGCCCCCCGGCCCCCAGUUUCCAGAAGAAGCUGUCCCCUGCCAGCUCCCCACCCUGGACAUUAAGCCCGAUGACCCACUGGCCGGAAUGAACGCGUUGGUGGCUGCCACAGAGCUUCCUCAGGCCUACCCCAUGCUGAACGCUGGUGGUGUCACCCAAGCCCUGGUGAACCUGGAAGUGGCUGAGAGCCUGUCCCUGGAGCAGAGCUUCUUACAAGGCAUCACUCUGCUGAGUGAGAUCGCCGAGUUAGAACUGGAGAAGAGGAAGCAAGAAGUGGAAAGUCCAGAGAGCUGUCCCGUGAGACCCACCCUGGAGAGCUUGCUAGCUGCCAGCACCCACAUGUUGAUGGAGGUGCUCUCCAACCCAUUCAUGGACCCUUUGAAGACCAUCAGGCUGCCCCGAGAACUGAACCCUAAUAAGAAGUAUAGCUGGAUGCAGAAAAAGGAUGAGCCGAUGUACUCCAUCAAGUCUGCCAUUGAGAAUAUGGAUGCAAUGGAGCUCGACUACCGGAUGCGCCUGGCCGAGCUGCAGCGGCGCUACAAGGAGAAGCAGCGGGAGCUGGUGAAGCUGCAGCGGCGCAGGGACUCUGAGGAAAAACGUGAAGAGAAAAGUAGAAGCUUGGCGCGAAGGGGCCCUGGAAGGCCGCGGAAACGGAAGCAUGGAUCGAGUGCUCUGUCUCCUCCUCUGGAAAAAGGGAAGAGUGACGGCAAGAGCGGAAAGCUGAGCAAGUCUUUGCUGCUGUCAGAAGACUCUGAGAAUGGAGAAGGGAUGCGGAAGAGACACAAAGGGUCCAUCCCUGAGGAUGAGGACGGUAUGGACAGUGGAAUUGGGAAAGCAAAAGGGAGACACCAGAAUUGGGAUGAGCACGAGACCUCAUCAGGCUUUUCAAAUGAGCUAAAGGUCAAGAAGAAGAAGGUGGCCAGUGACCAGGAGCAGCUGGCAACUAAGCUGGAUAAGGCCCUGUCCCUCACCAAGCAAGACAAGCUGAAGUCGCCUUACAAGUUUUCAGACAGUUCUGGGGGGAAGCAGAAAAGUAGUGGGGUUAGCAGCAGGUACUUAUCUCCCCAUGAUGCUCUGCUGAGCAAGGAAGAGAAAAAAGUCCUGACCAAGGGCCUGAGCCUAUCCCUAAAACCCUCUAAAGAAGGUAAAAAUAAAUUCGCUGCCAAAAUGAAGAUGGAGGUGGGGCUAAAGGUCAAAAAUCAACUGAAAGUUUCCCACUCACCUGUGAUAUCGGAAAUGAGCAGCUACUCCUAUAAUACGGACUCAGAGGAAGAUGAUGAAUCCCUGAGGGAUGAGUGGCCUUCACAGUCUCCAUGCAGCUCCAAAACGAGACCUUCCAGUCUCUACAGCGUAGUGGCCAAAAAGAGCAGCAAGUCGGCUGGAGGUCUCAAACCACCCAAGAGGGGCGUGUCCGCCACCAGAACUCUCAAAGCUAAGCAGGCCACAAGCAGAAAGCAAUCAUUUGGUUUGCUACUCCGAGAAGCCGAGGCUAGAUCUUCCUUCAGUGACUCUUCGGAGGACUCAUUUGAUCAAGAUUAUAGCUCUGGAGAGGAGGAAGAAGAUGAUGACGAUGAAGAAGAGGAGGAAGAAAUGGACAGCUAUGGGAUGAAUGGCCCCAAUAGGCUUUCAUCGCCGUCCCUGGAUGAGAGUGGUCUGGGGUUGCUGGCCCGUUUUGCGGCCAGCGCCAUGCCUAGCCCCAUUGUGGCUCCCCCACUUUCCAUCAUCCAGUUGGAAGCCAAACAGAAGGCAAAAAAGAAGGAAGAGAGGCAGAGUCUAAUGGGGACUGAAUUUGAGUACACCGACUCAGAGAGCGAAGUCAAAAUCAGGAAGAAGUCCCCGUCAGGACUGCUUCGUGGGAAGAAGGGGCUGAUGGAGCAGGGGGGAGCCCCACCUGCACCCUCUCCCAGUACCCUCGUUGUCAGCCCUUCUGGCCCCGAGAAGGCCAAGAUCGCCGUGGAGAAAGGGCGCAAGUCAAAGAAGCUCAAGUCUCCCAAGGAGUCCAGCUUUGAGUUUGGGCUGGAGGUGAGCGACGAUGACCUGUGGAACAGGCGCAGGAGUGAGAGGAUUUUCCUCCACGAUGCUACCACUUCAGCCGCGGCUUUGUCCCCCGCUUCCUCUACUCCUGUCUCCAAGGGAAGCCGCUGUGGCAAAGGGACCCCACUGAGCCCCAGAAAGGAAGGUGGCAAAGGGAAGGAGAGGAAAGAGCUCAACAAGCAGAAGAAGAAGGGGAAGGAGAGCUCCUGCUGUUCCUCCAUGUCGCCUCCUGGCAUCCCCUCCCUGGCCCCAGAGCCUCGGGCAUCCUUAACCAGCUCCAUGGCCAACAAGAAGAACAAAGCCAAGGCCAAAGGAAAGGAGGUGAAGAAAGAGAACCGAGGGAAGGGAGGAGCUGUGAGCAAGCUGAUGGAGAGCAUGGCUGCUGAAGAGGAUUUUGAACCCAACCAAGACAGCAGCUUCUCUGAGGAUGAGAACUUGCCCUUGAGCAUGCUGGUAGAACGACCACUGACCCCAGCCCCCCGAUCCUGCAUCAUUGACAAGGACGAGCUGAAGGACGGACUGAGGGUCCUCAUCCCCAUGGACGACAAGCUCUUGUAUGCUGGGCACGUGAAGACAGUCCACUCGCCGGACAUAUACCGGGUGGUGGUAGAAGGAGAGAGAGGCAACCGACCUCACAUCUAUUGUCUGGAGCAGCUCCUGCAGGAAGCGAUCAUAGAUGUGAAGCCUCCUUCCAUCCGAUUCUUGCCCGAGGGAACCAGGAUCGCUGCUUAUUGGAGCCAGCAGUACCGCUGUCUCUACCCUGGCACUGUGGUCCGAGGGGCCCUGGAUCUUGAAGAAGAUGGAGAUCUGAUCACGGUGGAAUUCGACGAUGGGGACACAGGGAGGAUUCCUCUGUCUCACAUCCGCCUCCUGCCCCCAGACUACAAGAUUCAGUGUGCAGAGCCUUCCCCUGCCCUCCUCGUGCCCAGUGCCAAACGCCGCAGCCGAAAGUCCAGCAAGGAUGCCGGGGAAGGGAAAGAGGGCAGUAACCUGGGGUCGGAGGAGUCUGGAGCGAAGGGCAAAGGCCGAGGGCGGAAACCAAGCACCAAGGGCAAAAGCGAAGAGGCCAGUCUCCCAGAAGAGGCGGCCCAGACGGAGCCUCCUGCGGGGGCCUCUUUGACGCAGGACAAGCUGGGCCCCAAGAACGCCAAGAAGAGCGCCCUGGGGCUGCCCGAGGAGAAGCGGAGCAAAGCCGCUAAAAUGAGAAUGCCCCCCAAGUUGCACAGCCCGGCGCCGCCCCCUUUCCAGACGGCCACGUUCGGGAACCCGUUGGCCCCAGAGGCGUACGGGGAGCUGGCGGCUUUCGGUGCCGCUGACAGCCCCUCCGGGAGAUCGAAAGCCAAGAAGGGCAGGGGGGCCGAGGAGGCGGCCGACUUUGGCCCGGCCUCCAAGGGCUCCAGGAGGCCCGCAGAGAGCGAGCUCCUCAUCAAACUGGACCACGAAGGGGUGACGUCCCCCAAGAGCAAGAAGACCAAGGAGGCCAUGAUGUUGCUGGAGGACGCAGGCCUGAGCGGCCGGAGGGAGAGCAAGAGCCUCGUGGCCUUGAGCAGCUACUCUUCCCUGGGCGGCGGCGAGGCCAAGGCCAAGGCCAAGGCCGCCCGAGGGAAGGCCCCUGAAGAGGAUGCCUUGGCGCCCCCCUUCGCGGGCAAGUUUGAGGGCUCUGGGGACCCGCUGGCCCCUGAGAAGGACAAGGGAGACCCGGGAGUGGCAGAAGCGGCUGAGGAGUCGGAGAGCAGCAGCAGCUCCAGCUCCAGCAGCAGCAGCUCCAGCAGCUCCAGCAGCUCUGAGACCGAAGGGGAAGAGGAGGGAGACAAGAACAGAGGGGAUACCCGCGGGGAAGACAGCAGCUCCUCCAGUUCCCGGGCCUCCAGCCCCAUGUCUUCUUCCAAUUCCUCCACCUCCUCCUCUUCCAGCAGCAGCAGCUCUUCCUCCUCCUCCUCCUCUUCCUCUUCCUCCUCCUCUUCCUCUUCUUCCUCCACCUCCUCCAGUUCCAGCUCAUCAUCGUCCUCUUCUUCCUCCUCCACGACGGAUGAAGAUUCCUCCUGCAGCUCAGACGACGAGGCGGCCGAGGAGGCCCAGGCAGGCCCCUCCUCGGUGCAGCCAGACCUGCCUCCCAAGUCGGCCAAGCAGGCAGGGAAAUCUCGGACCUCCUCCCACCCACCCGGCAAGAAGCAGCCACAGCAGCCGCCAACCCCUCAGGCACAGAAGGUCCAGGCUGGGGGCAGCAAGAGCCGCCCCAAAAAGCGCGAGGGGAUCCACCUGCCCACCACCAAGGAGCUGGCCAAGCGGCAGAGGCUGCCCUCUGUGGAGAACAGGCCCAAAAUCGCUGCCUUUCUCCCAGCCAGGCAGCUGUGGAAGUGGUUCGGCAAACCCACUCAGAGACGGGGCAUGAAAGGCAAGGCCAGGAAGCUCUUCUACAAGGCCAUCGUCCGGGGCAAGGAGAUCAUCCGAAUCGGCGACUGCGCCGUCUUCCUGUCGGCCGGCCGGCCCAACCUGCCCUACAUUGGCCGCAUCCAGAGCAUGUGGGAGUCCUGGGGGAACAACAUGGUGGUGAGAGUCAAGUGGUUCUACCAUCCCGAGGAGACCAACCCCGGCAAGAAGCUCAACGAAGGCAAGCGCUGGGAUCAGAAGUCGGGAAGGAGCGUCCCCACAGCCCUGCAGACCUCCAGCCAGAGGAAAGACUUCAUGGAGCGUGCCCUGUACCAGUCAUCCCACGUCGAUGAGAAUGAUGUUCAGACGGUCUCCCAUAAGUGUCUCGUCGUUGGCCUGGACCAGUACGAGCAGAUGCUGAAGACCAAGAAAUACCAGGACAGCGAGGACCUGUACUACCUGGCGGGGACCUACGAGCCCACCACCGGCAUGAUUUUUAAUACAGAUGGAGUCCCUGUCAUCUGCUGAGUGGCUGAGCCCUGGACAGAGGCAUCAGAAGAGGAGAGUGAGAGUGAGAGACUGAGAGAGAGACUGAGAGCGAGAGAGGGAGAAAGAUGGAGAGACAAGAGAGAGAGCAAGAGAGACUGAAAGAGGAGAGAGAGAGAGAGAGAGAGAGCGAGAGAGAGAGAGAGAGCCAGAGCGAGAGAGAGCCAGAGCGCAAAAGAGAGAGAGAGAGAGAGAGAGAGAGAGAGAGAGAGAGAGAGAGAGAGAGAGAGAGAGAGCCAGCGAGCGCUACAUAGACGACAUGAUUGUUCUUUCACUUGCCUAACCUCUGAGUCGUGGGGGUGGGGGGUAUCCCAUCGGGACAGCGAAUGCUCAGAGAAAGAGACUGCAGAUGCCUUCGAGACAGCGCCAAGGACAGACUCUCCCCACGAGCCCCCUCCCCCGGCCGCCCGCAUAGAAAGGGCUCCUGACCAGCUGCCUUCACCCCCCCCUGGGAAAAACAAAGGGGGGAGAUUCUCAUGAUCACUGCCAUGGCGAGGGAGACUGCGCGUGCGUGCGUGCGUGCCUGUGUGCGUGCCUGUGUGUGUGUGUGUGUCUCCAGCCUCCAUUCAGAAUCCUGAGGUGCCCUUGGCUGGGGACACGGAAGAACCAUCAGGGUAUCUCUAGACAUAGCGCUAUUCUUAGCUGACGCUCCCUGGGCCUCGCGGCGGCCUGCCCCCAGCACCUGGGCCGCGCUUGGCUGUGGAGGCGGACGGUGCAUUAGGAGCGAGCGUUGAGCUGUCUCUGGCAGUGGUCUGGGCUUCGGCAGAAGGAAUCUGAGGAGACUAUCGGGAGGGAGGGGCGGCCCCUGCGAGGCGUGAUUGAACACAAAUCGGCAAAACACAGGCUCUGCGGGUGGAGGCAGGCCAGGGAGAGGGGAAGGGUUUUAAGGGAAUCAAAGUGGCCCCGAUUCCGGAUGUGAACUGCAUGCAAACGCUUUCCAAGCUUUCCGAGGAAGCUCCCGAUCCGUUCUCCGGGUGGGUGGAGAGGUCUGUUUCCCCAGCUCGGCGCUGGCCCUGCUCCCAGGCAGAGCCGUCGGGAGGCGUAUGGCCAGAAGAAGGAGCCGGAGGGAACCCGGAUACCAGCAUCCCCCUCCCCAACCUGCUGAGCACCGCCCUGGAGGGCGCCUGCGCCGGCGUGCUCGGUCCCCAGCAGGCUCUCCCCAUCCCUGUUUGAAAGCUGCAUCUCUGCCUCCUGCCACACAGCUCCCCCACUACAGAGGAUGCUUCCACAGCCCGUUGCUGCCGCCCCAUCAGCAGACGCAAAGGGAUCACCAUGACGACAACACAAAAGCCAGAGGGGCUGGGCCGCGCCCUCGCGGAUCCCGGCGGGGGCGCCUCCUCCCUUGCGCUCCUGGGGGGGAUUUUGGACUCCGUCAAUGGUACUUGGGGCAAGUCCUCAGGAAGGGAAGAGAUGGGGGCCAGGCCCUCGUGCAGCGCUCACACUACGAAGAACCACAAUGGUGCUGAAACUGUCACCCUCACUUGCCCUCGCACCCCCAGGCCCUCUCCCCUCAGGGCUCCCCAGAGCCCUGCGGAGAACGCUGUUUCUUAACCUGUACAGUUUUAAUGUACCGCAAAGACUCUCCAGCCCCCCUGUAUCAUACGUCUUUAAAUGGAUUCAACUUUUUAAUUAUAUAUAUAAAUAUAAAUAUAUAUAAAUAUAUAUAUAAAUAUAAACUUUUUAAAACUGUGAAAAAAGUUAUGAAAUUAUAAAGUGAACACGGUCUGACGUUUAGAAUAUUAUUUUUUAUUUCCUGUUGGAUUGUGAUUGUAAAGCAUUGGGCUCACGCACCACACUUCCACGCACACCCCGCACCCUGCCCUCCCCCACCCCCCAGGCCUAAAGUGUACUGUACUCACCCCAACAGACUGUGUGCGGACAUAGGGAGAAGAGAAGACUGAAAGCGAGCGAGAGUGAGCAAGCAAGCAAGCAAGCAACGGAUGGAGCACGCGUGCCCGUGCUCAACAGAAAGCACUUAUCUGCCCCAGCGCCUUCUAGGAAAACACAAGGGUUUGUCCAGACAAUCGCGAGGGAAGGAAAGCCAGACUUUGGUUUUGUUUGGGGGGGAUUUUUUUUGUUUUAAUUUUUUUUUUUGCAAUUUUGUUUGUUGGCGAAUUCUGUGUGAUCUUUUUUCAUAAAAAAAGAAAAAAAAAGAUUCAACUUGAGAAAAAAAAAACCCAA